AUGUCGCCGCCUGAGGAAUACGACAUCGUCGUCUACGGCUCGACCUCCGGCGCCGUUGCGACAGCUAUCCAAGCUGCGCGGCUAGGCCGCUCGGUGAGCCUGAUCUCCCCGCAAGAACACAUCGGUGGCAUCCAGGUGAACGGACUCGGCGCCACCGAUAUUGACAACCAGGCCGAGUUCCAGAACAGCACUGCGGUGGGCGGUCUAAAUCUCGAGCUUCAUCAGAGAAUCAGCGCGCACUACGGCCGUCUGGACCGGUUGAACGAGGUCGUGAAGAAGAGGCUCAAGGUCCCCGAAGUCUGGCGGUUUGAGGCGAGGGUUGCCGAGCGGAUCAUUAGGGAAUGGCUGGAUGAGCAUCGCUCGAUUGCCAUCAUCAAGUCUCGGCUGAGCGAACCCGGCGCUGUCCGAAGGGAUGGCAAUACGAUCAAGACCGUCCAGCUGGAAAACGGUCUAACCAUUGCUGGGAAGACAUUCGUGGAAGCCUCCUAUGAAGGCGACAUUUUGGCGGCCGCCUCGCUUUCCUGGACGCGCGGCCGCGAACCAAUAGCCACGUAUUCCGAGUCCCUCGCUGGCGUCCGCGCCGAGACGGUCUUCUGCCAAAUCGACGUCGACAUGGAUCCAUACACGCGCUCGGGCGACCCCUCGAGCGGUCUACUGUACGGCAUCUCCGACGAGCCCUUCGGAACCCCCGGCGACGGCGACUUGCACCUCCAGUCCUACUCGUAUCGUAUGCCUCUCACCGACAAUCCCGCGAAUCGGGUGCCGUUCACCAAGCCAGAAGGAUACGACCCGGCACACUACGAGCUCCAUCGGCGGUUCAUCCAAGCCGGCGGCGAGAUGUACGCACCGAAGAAGAGGCUACCCGGGGAGAAGACGGACCUGAUCGGGUCCGAAGGAGCCCUCUCGACCGACUUGGUGGGCAUGAACGACGAGUGGCCCGUCGCGUCGCACGAGCAGCGGGCCCGCAUCCUGGAGGACACGGCUCGGUUCACAAAGGGGUUCUUUUGGUUUCUCGUAACAGACGAAGCAGUUCCCAAACGUUACCGGGAAGAGUGGUUGCGGUUCGGCUACUGCCGUGACGAGUUCCCCGAAAACGGACAUUUCCCCCGCGAGCUCUACGUGCGCGACGCUCGGCGCAUGAUCUCGGACUACGUCGUCACGCAAGCGGCCGCAUCCGAGGGCGGCGCGCCUCAGGUCCCGGACCCCGUGGCCGUGGCGUACUGGCCGCCGGACAUGCACAGCGUCCGCCGCGUUCUUCGGGACGGGCGGGUGCGCAACGAGGGCUUCAUCUUCAAGGACCGCCACCGGUGGCGGCCCUUCGGGAUCGCAUACAGAGCGCUGGUACCCAGACGUGCCGAGGCGGUCAACUUCAUUACCCCGACGUGCCCGAGCUCUUCUCACGUCGGCUAUGGGGCUAUACGACUGGAACAUCAGUUCUAUGCUUUGGGACAGGCGUGUGCCAACGCAUGUGAUGUAGCCAUCGAGAAUGGGUACGCGAUGCAGGAUGUGCCUUACGAAUCUCUCAAGGACAGACUGCUAGAGCAGGGAGUUGUGUUGGAUGCAGCCGCUGUCGGGGUCCCCUCUUUCGGCAACAUGUAG